UGGGAGUAUUAAUAUUGUAAAUAAAUAUGUGAAUGAUAUAUUUAAAUACUAAAAAUGAUCAGUCAAUCUUUUUUUAUUUAUACUGUUCUACAAAUCUUCAUUUUAGUUGACGUGGUUUAUAGUAGUAGUUUAAAAGUUGAAUUAUCAAGUAAUGGACCGAUUAUCUUGGGUGCCAACAUUAUGUUUAAUGCUCAUUUGCAAAAUGCUGAUGGCUCCAUUCCAACUGGAAAAUAUAGGUAUGUUUGGCAAGACAAUUCCCUUUGGGAAAAUAAAAAAGAGAUAAUAUUAGAUUCGCCAUCAUGUUUUUACAAUUUAUCAUAUAGCCCAAAAAAAUAUCCACCAGGUCCAUAUGUGAUGCAAGUAGAGGUGUAUGAUUUAAGUGGUAUAUUUCCAUGGCCAUGGCCUGAAACUUCAGGACGUUUGCUAUUUGAAUUAACAACAUUACUAAAUGGAAAAAUGCAAUUACUUCAAGGUACUCAAAUUCAAUCUGGAAUUUAUGUCGCCAGCGGUGAAAUCAAACAGGAAAUUGUUCUAUCACAACCUGAUUUUGAUUAUUUAAAUGAAACUGCGACAAGUAUACGAACUUUGUGGUUUUUGGAUUGCAAUCUAAUUGGAAAUGUAACUGGUUAUAAUAUUACUACAAAUUUUUCACGUCCCGAAGAAUCUCAUUCGAUUGAGGCUAUUGUUGUCGCAAGAUUUGAUCCAAAACCAACACCACCUCCACCACCAACACCUGCUCCAAGUAAUAUUACAACCACAACACCAAAACCUACAACUCAAACACCUUCAAAUGUUACCACAAAAACCAUUACAAAACGUGAUGUAACAUCUCAGAAUAAAUUUUAUCCAUUAAAUAUUUCACGUCCGUUUACUUGUAAUAACAAAAGUUUAAUAAUACCAAGUCCGAAUGAAACUUAUGGAUACUUUGAGCGAAAUAUUACUGUAAAAGCACCUAUUGAAAAUGUUACAAUAUCGGGUAAUAAUUGGCUCCAACAUGGAGAAUUAUUACGAUUAAAUGUAAGUUGUAAAGGAUCAUCACCAAUUCGAUAUUGUCUUAUAUAUGAAAAUGGUAUUAAAAAUGCAACUGGAAAUGAAACAUGUGAAUUUGCUCCAUCGAUAUUAGACACCUGUAAAUUUAAUAUUUAUCGUUAUUUUCGUGAUGAAGAUCAACAUACAAUAUUUAUAAUAUUACAAAAUGAUGUGACUAAAAUUGUUAAACCAGUUGCUGUCACCAUUUAUAAAGCCAUUCAUCAUCCACAAUUAUCUGUUAUUGUGGUGCCAGUGUCAUUUAGUUUAGUUGCUGUUGUUUUAAUAGUGUUUGGAGUUGCCUAUUAUGUUCAAAGUCGAAACAGGUUUAUUGUGGAGGUAGCUGAUUUUGAUUUUGGUCAACAAUAUGCUGAAAUGGAAUAUAAAACAUUCGGUCAGCGUUUAGGAGAGGCAUUUUCAGAAACAUACAUUGGAAAUUUAUUGUAUCAAUAUUUUAAUAAAGAUAAAUAUAUGCCAAAUGGAAAUGCUGGCGGCGCUGGCACUUCUGGUUUUAAAUAUGGAAGUAUGACGUGAUUUUUAUUUUUGUUUUUUUAUAUUUAUACAUACUUUUAA